CGUCUCCCUCCCUCCGUCCCUUUCGCCUUCCCCUCUCCCUCCCUCCCCUGUUUCUCUCCAUACCAGUCUCCCCUACGGAUACAUCGCCGACGACCCAAGCAAGCAAAGCCACCCAGCAGCAAACCAACCCAACCCUCGCUGCCGAGACCGCCGGAGCCAUGGGCACCUACAAGUGCUGCCUCAUCUUCAAGCGCCGGUUCCGCUGGACGGACGCGCCGCCGCCGGACGACGUGCGGGCGCUCUUCGCCGAGCACUCGGGCGGGGCCGCCACCAUGGGCGCCGACGGCCUGCGCCGCUACCUCGAGUCCACGGGCGGCGACCCCGACGCCGCCGACGCCGACGCCGAGGGCGAGGCGGACCGCCUGCUGGACCAGAUCCGCCUGCAGGGCCACCAGCAGCGCGCCGGCCCGCGCCUCCCGCGCCUCGGCCGCGGCCAGCUGCUCGGCCUCGACGACUUCCACCGCUUCCUCUUCUCCGCCGACCUCAACCCGCCCCUCCGCCGCCCGCAGGUCCACCACGACAUGUCCCAGCCCAUCUCCCACUACUACGUCUACACGGGACACAACUCGUACCUCACCGGCAACCAGCUCAGCAGCGACUGCAGCGACGUCCCCAUCAUCAAGGCCCUGCAGCGCGGCGUCCGGGUCAUCGAGCUCGACAUGUGGCCCAACUCCGCCAAGGACGACAUCAGCAUCCUCCAUGGCAGGACAUUGACCACCCCGGUUUCGCUGCUGAAAUGCUUGAAAUCCAUCAAAGAGUACGCUUUCGUCGCGUCUCCCUACCCGGUUAUCAUCACACUGGAAGACCACCUUACACCCGAGCUGCAGGACAAAGUUGCCAAGAUGGUCCUUGAAGUGUUUGGCGACAUACUGUACUACCCUCAAGAAGAACAUCCCAAAGAACUCCCUUCACCUGAGUUCCUCAAGGGUCGUGUGCUACUAUCAACAAAGCCCCCAAAGGAGUACCUUGAAGCCAAGGAUGGUGGUGCCGUGAAAGAUGGUGAUGCGGAGCAGAAUCCUGGCAAAGGGACUGACGAUGAUGCGGCUUGGGGAACAGAAGUCCCAGAUUUCAAGACUGAAAUCCAGUCUGCUAAAGAGGAGGAUGCCUCAGAGCACCGUAGAGAUGACGACGAGGACGAUGACGAUGAGGACGAACAGAAAAUGCAACAGCAUCUAGCUCCACAGUAUAAACACCUUAUUACUAUAAGAGCAGGAAAGCCAAAGGGGGGUACUACGUCUGAUGCCUUGAAGUGUGACCCAAACAAAGUUAGGCGGCUCAGUUUGAGCGAGCAACAACUUGCCAAAGCUGUAGUUAAUCAUGGCACCGAAAUAGUGAGGUUUACACAGAGGAAUCUUCUGAGGAUAUACCCAAAGGGCACUCGGGUUACUUCAUCCAACUAUAAUCCAUUUAUUGGUUGGGUGCACGGUGCUCAGAUGGUGGCCUUCAAUAUGCAGGGGUAUGGAAGAGCCCUUUGGUUAAUGCAUGGGUUUUAUAAAGCAAAUGGUGGCUGUGGCUACGUGAAGAAACCAGAUUUCUUGAUGCAGUCCGAACCAGAAGUUUUUGAUCCAAAAAAGCCUCAACCUGUUAAGAAGACCUUGAAGGUAAAAGUGUACAUGGGCGAUGGUUGGCGGAUGGACUUCAAGCAGACACACUUUGACCAGUAUUCUCCUCCAGAUUUCUAUGCACGGGUCGGGAUCGCCGGCGUUCCGGCGGACUCGGUGAUGAAGAAGACAAAGGCGGUGGAGGACAACUGGGUGCCGGUGUGGGGGGAGGAGUUCUCCUUCGAUCUGACGGUGCCAGAGCUGGCGCUGCUGCGGGUGGAGGCGCAUGAGUACGACAUGUCGGAGAAGGACGAUUUUGCGGGGCAGACGGUGCUGCCGGUGUCGGAGCUUCAGCCCGGGAUCCGCGCGGUGGCGCUCUUCGACCGCAAGGGGAACAAGUUCCCCAACGUCAAGCUCCUCAUGCGCUUUGAGUUUGUCUGAUUUGGUAUGGUUUGGUCUGAGAGAUGAUGGUGUGUCGGCGGCAUGGUUGGUACUCUGUGCAUUCUUUGUUCAUCCUGUACAUACGUGAUGCGUCGUGGUGCCGUCUGUGUGAAUAUUGAGUUGUGCCGUUGUAUAUGUGAGUCAGUUGUGUAGACACGAGAAUUCAUCAACCCUGUAUUUGUUGUGAGAGUGGCGUAAUAAGGUAUUUUACCAUCAUGA